AUGGCUUCCAACACCCUCCAUCACCGGCUCAACAAUGACCAACCCAUUUCCACCAAACCCACCACCACGACCUUGACCAAACAAGAAAAGGCCAAGAGAGCUCUAAGGUCCCUAGCCGUAGGCAUUGCAAUUCCUCUCACCUUGACCACAACCACAAUUUUCUUCUUCGGCUGGGGCCCCAAGUACCGGACCCUAACCAAACCCUUUUGGCUCCCUCCUCUCUGGCUCAUAAACUUUGCCACAUUCUUCUCUUCCUUCCUCAUGGGUCUCUCAGCUUGGCUUGUUUGGGCUGACGGUGGAUUUCAUGCCCAGUCCAAUGCAUUUGUCCUCUACAUUGCCCAAGUUUCAUUGAGCAUUUUGUGGGGUCCUGUUCUGCUUGCGGCUGGGGCAGCUUGGCUUGGAUUGGCCAUUUGUUUGAUGAAUUUUGGAGCUCUGUUUGCCUGCUAUAAGUGUUUUCGAUGUGUGAAUCCAUUUGCCAAGGAUCUUGUAAAACCUUAUCUGGCAUGGGCGGCUUGUCUUGCCAUUGUUAAUUGUAAGCUUCUGUGUCUUGGAUUUUGA